UGUUUAACUUUCUUAGAACCUGAUCGAAGCAAAUUGCCUCUAUAUAUACCGCUUUUUAGGCUGUUAGAUCUGCUUCAUAUUCUGGGUUGCUCUAUUUGUGAGAACGUUCUUUUGUACAUUUGCGGUUAGUGAUUUUGGUUUAUAAAACAAGAAUUAAGAUUUUUUUUUUUGCUGUUGUUUGAUAGAGAUGAAGCAUUUAGCAGGAGACAUUGUUGCUAACUCACCGUCAAAGCGACCAUGUGGUUCUUUGUGUGGGGAAUCAUCAAACUAUGGACAAUCCGAAAUUCCGAAAGGAGGAGGACAUGGAGAAGGAGAAAUAGAAGGAGAAGGAAGAUGCAGGAUGGGCAAUACUCAGGAGGUGACAUACGAUGACGCCUUAACCUAUCUCAGGGAAGUCAAGCAACGUUUUUCCAACCAGGAUGGUGCAUAUAAAUCAUUUCUAAAGAUCAUCAAUAUGUAUAGCACAAAGCAGGAUAUUACUGAGGUCUAUGGUGAGGUUGCUACAUUUCUUACGGACCAUCCAGAUUUGCUUGUGGAGUUCGAAAAAUUCUUACCUGAUGGUACAAUUCCACUAUCAGCAAAAGAUGUUCCUUUAAUAAAGAAUGACAUGGAUGGUGAUAAAUCAGUGGAAAAACUGCAAAAGGAUCGGAAAAAGCUUGUUGAAAUGGAGAAAAGGGACAAAGAAAAGGAUCAAGGCUAGUAAGCUAUAAAGAACAUGACUUCAAUAUGGAAUACCUUAAUGACAAAAAUAAAUCUGCAUUGAAGACUGAAUAGUUUGGAGUCAAUCCUAUUUCAGCAUUAUAUGAUAAUAUAGAUGACUUUAAAAGUGAUUGUGUAGUACAGCUUAUGAUUAUAAAGAUGCCUCCUGAAAAUGUGUUUUCCUUAUUUUUGUACUUGUUUUCUUUUUUUGUUCUAUCCUUAUUAAUCCAGAAGCAGUAGUGAUUUAUAACAUCCUCUCACUGUCAAAAAGCUGGCUCUUAAAUUA